GAGCCACCGUAUCAUUUCCUGGGCCACACAUUAUUCUUCAACUCGGCAGCUGGCAGCUACAGUCAACAUUGAUGAUUGUGCAGGAUUUCUGGGGGGAGGGAGGCCCAAGGCCGCUCGGUGGGCUGCUGAAAUGGGUUGUGGACUGAAUAAGUUAGAGAAACGUGACGACAAACGACCUGGAAAUAUCUAUUCGACUUUGAAGCGGCCGCAGGUGGAGACCAAGAUCGACGUGUCCUAUGAAUACCGCUUCCUGGAGUUCACGACCCUGAGUGCUGCUGAUCUCCCGCGCUCCUCGGCCGUGAGAUUGGCCUCGCUGCAUGACCUGCCCGCCCAGCUGCUGGAGCUAUACCAGCAGGGCUUCUCGCUGGUGGCCCUGCACCCCUUCCUGCAGCCCACCCCCAAGCGGGAAAAGUCACCCCUGGAGCACAUCUUCAGGGCCAUCCUGAUCAAGAAAACUGACAAAUCUCAGAAGCCCGAUCUUCACAAUGACGGCUACGUCUUGGAAUUAGAUUGCUGUUCCUCCUUGGACCACCUGACCGACCAAAAACUUAUCCCCGAGUUUGUGAAGAAGGUCCAGGAGGCUGCGGGUCAGGGCCUGAAAUUCGUUGGUGUCAUACCUCAAUACCACUGCCCUGCCAACAGCACCCAGAAUGCCAGAGACUCUGGAAAAGAACCUGCCGGGUGCCGGGGGGAGAACCCGGGGACCCCCGACGGGCCCCCAGCCGAGACAGAUGGAAUCCCAGAGCCCAGCCGGGACCCAGGCGGGGAGGCCCCCGGGACCCAGCAACCCAGCAGACCCCCCUCCGGAGAAGGAGAUGGGGCAGGAUUGCCCCCACACCGGAUGAGCAAGACCCUGGAUGGCCCUGAUGGUGACCUGACGGAAGUGCUCGAGGAGCCGGUCUCGGGAAAGAUGGAGAUCUUUGCCCUGUUCAACAAACCGAAGAGCCAGCAGAAGGCCCGCCAGUACUACCCCGUCACCAUCCCCCUGCGGGUCUCCAGGAAUGGCCAGACGGUGAGCAGCCUGGAUGCCAACUGGCUGGAGCACAUGAGCGACCACUUCCGGAAAGGUGGCGUGCUGGUGAACUCGGUCUUCUACCUGGGAUCAGUCAACGAUUCCUUACAUGGCUUGACAGAUGGAGUUUUCAUCUUUGAAGCUGUUUCCACAGAAGAUAGCAAAACCACGCAGGGCUAUGAUGCUAUUGUUGUCGAACAAUGGACCAUUCUGGAAGGUGUGGAGGUGCAGACUGACUAUGUGCCCCUGCUGAACUCACUGGCGGCGUAUGGCUGGCAGCUCACCUGCGUGCUCCCCACACCGGUGCUCAGGACCACCAGGGAGGGCAGCGUCUCCACCAAGCAGAUCGUCUUCCUCCAGAGACCGUGUCUACCUCAGAAGCUGAAGAAGAAGGAGUCAAAGUUUCAGUGGCGAUUCUCCCGGGAUGAAAUGCACAGCCGGCAGAUGCGGAAGUCCAAAGGCAAGAGCCGCACCAGGGACAAGCGACAAUCCGAAGAGAACGAGAAGAAUCUCGAGGAGCCGUUUUCCAAAGCCGAGGGCGUGGGAAACUGCGUGGCAGGCCAGCCACGGGAGGAAGGCGCCUCGGAGGAGCUGAGGGGCCACGCGGGGGAGGGCCCGGGAGAAAAGGGGGGCCCGGGAGACAGGGCCAUGCAGAACGGCCCAGCGCACCACUCAGGCCCUGAGCCCGGAGAGGAAGCCCUGGAGGGUGACUUGGAGGAGGCGGCUGUGGAGCCCAGUCCUGAAAUUGACAACUGAGCCUUUAGAAUAGGCAGCUCCCCCCUCACCCCCAGGCCCUGGCCGGCCGCAGCCGGUUGGGGUGCAGGUUGCCCUGAAUGUCGUGUGUUCCCCCUUUGGCUUGGCUUCAACUCUCCUUGUGCGCUGACCGGGUCCCUCACUGUGUUGGUCUGCCACAUCCAUCCACAUGUGUCGCGGUGCCCCAGUGUCACAAUGCAAGAGGUGGGGUGAUACCCUCAGGACCUCACACCUGGAGGCCGGCCUGGCCCCACCCAGGGAAGGGUUUGGACCAACCAGUGCCUGUUUCCACCCCUGGUGGGGGGAGGAGCAUUUGGGGCCAAUCCAUGGGCCCUCCAGGCUACAAACCAAGGUGAUUGGUUGUUGGCUUCCACUCGGGCAGGUUUCCAUCCCCCGAAGCCCCCUCCAAACUGCUCUUCUCCAUAGAAAUCCCUCAGACCCUGCUGCUUUGGCAAAGAAAGUGACAUGUGGGGGGAGGAGAGGGAGAAGAGCACCCACCUUUGGCUUUUCUCAGAGUGUUCCCCCCUAGAUACUUACUGAUAAUCGGGAAGAGGUUAAUUCUGUCUGUGCACCUGCUUUAUCUGCAGAAUGUCUGAGAAAGUAUUGUGUUAGUCUUAAUGCCAAAAAAAGUUUUUAAACGUUUUGUAUUCAGCACCUACGAACACAUCCUAUGAACACAUGUUUUUCUGUCGUUUUGGGGGGUGACCCAGCUGUCGGGGAGACCCCACUGUGUGCUAUUUUAGUCCAUGUGCCAUUGGCCAAGUUGUCGCCUAUGUAAUGCUCUCACGUGUUUUCGAUUGUCCAAAAAGUAUUGUUAAGGCUUUAAGUAGAUGCACCUGGAAACCCCAGCGAGAGAAUCGAUUGUCUUCUAGACCAAAACAACAGCCUGUCUCUUCUCUUGUUUAGUUACUUAAAGCAAUAAAUCAUCUAUGAGUUCA